AUGGAAAAAUUUCAAAAUUACCCACUAUCUACAGCAACAAAUAGCUUUAUUCUCGUUGAUGGCACACAAAAAAUUCCUCGAUUUACUUCGAAAGAUUCCGGUGUUAGUCUUGGUGAUGAUUACGAUUAUAGCGAUAAUGAAAGUACUAUUUCCGAUGAAUGUGACUUUGAUAUUGAUCAAAAUUGUUUUUCACUAUUAAAUGAACAACAAACAACACCAACAACCAUUACCAAAGAUGCUCAUAUGGCAUCAAUGAUAUCGGAUAACGAUAAAAAAUUCUUUUGCGAAAAUACUGCUUGGGCUUGGCAUGGCGAAUUCGGCCGAUUAAUAAUGGCUACAGCUAUGACAUAUAAUUUAGACUAUCGCCUUAUACUCCUUGAAGAUCGUUCAAUAUGUCCUCGCGCGUUAGAGGCACAUUAUUCAAUAUUACGAUUGGAUAAUGCAAAAGCUCAAUUUAAAUGCGACACAUGCGGACAUUGUUGGACGUCAAUGCGAGCUCGUUGCUCAUUUUAUAUAUCGAAGCCCAGUCAAGGUGGCAUUGUUCUAUUAAAACUCUAUACACAACAAUGUCAAUAUUGUUAUUCAACCGUAUAUCCAUUGUGGUACUAUGAUGAAAUUUGUCGUGUGAUGAAAAACUUAGCGUCUACUAUUUUUGAACAUUAUUUUCCCUAUGCAUUCCCAUCAAUCUAUUGGGAAUUAACGCAUAAUGGAAGAAAACCAGUUCGACGUUUAUUGCAACGAGAAGGAAAUAUGCAUCGAAAACAUAAUCCUUUUCUAUGCGAAGCAUGCCAUCUUGGUGUAUGUUAUUCAUAA